AUGAGCGGCGCCGGCGACCAGGGCCCCGAGGCCGGCGCCGCCCGGGCCGGGGGCGGCCCGGCGGCCGAGCCCGCCGGCCCCGCGCUGAGCGUGGACGUGCCGGGGCUGCUGGCGCAGCUGGCGCGCAGCUUCGCGCUGCUGCUGCCCGUGUACGCGCUCGGCUACCUGGGCCUGAGCUUCAGCUGGGUGCUGCUGGCGCUCGCGCUGCUCGUGUGGUGCCGCCGCAGCCGCGGCCUCAAGGCCACCCGCCUGUGCCGCGCGCUGGCGCUGCUGGAGGACGAGGAGCGCGCCGUGCGCCUGGGGGUGCGCGCCUGCGACCUGCCCGCCUGGGUUCACUUCCCCGACACCGAGAGAGCGGAAUGGCUGAAUAAGACCGUGAAGCACAUGUGGCCUUUCAUUUGCCAAUUUAUAGAGAAGUUGUUUCGAGAAACCAUCGAGCCCGCUGUGCGGGGUGCAAACACCCACCUCAGUACCUUCAGCUUCAGCAAGGUGGAUGUGGGGCAGCAGCCCCUCAGGAUCAACGGCGUCAAGGUGUAUACUGAAAACGUGGACAAGAGGCAGAUUAUUUUGGACCUUCAGAUCAGUUUUGUAGGAAACUGUGAGAUUGAUCUGGAAAUCAAGCGAUAUUUCUGCAGAGCUGGUGUGCAGAGUAUACAGGUGCACGGGACGAUGCGGGUGAUCCUGGAGCCACUGAUCGGGGACAUGCCGCUGGUGGGCGCGUUGUCUCUCUUCUUCCUGCGGAAGCCGCUUUUAGAAAUUAACUGGACGGGACUGACGAAUCUUCUCGAUAUCCCUGGAUUGAACGGCUUGUCAGACACCAUCAUCUUGGACAUAAUAUCAAACUACCUGGUGCUUCCCAACCGGAUCACAGUGCCUCUCAUCAGCGAGGUUCAGAUCGCACAGCUGCGGUUCCCGAUCCCAAAGGGUGUUUUAAGGAUCCAUUUUAUUGAAGCUCAGGAUCUUCAGGGGAAAGAUACUUACCUUAAGGGGCUCGUCAAGGGAAAGUCAGACCCCUACGGAAUUAUCCGAGUUGGCAACCAGAUCUUCCAAAGCAAGGUCAUCAAAGAGAGCCUCAGCCCAAAGUGGAAUGAAGUCUACGAGGCUCUAGUUUACGAGCACCCGGGUCAGGAGCUGGAGAUCGAGCUGUUUGAUGAGGACCCAGACAAGGACGACUUUUUGGGCAGCCUCAUGAUCGACCUAACUGAAGUGGAGAAGGAGCGCCUCCUGGACGAGUGGUUCGCUCUGGACGAGGUCCCCAGAGGGAAACUGCACCUGAGGCUGGAGUGGCUCACCCUGGUGCCCGACGCGUCCGGCCUGGACAAGGUGCUGGCGGACAUCCGAGCAGACAAAGACCAAGCCAACGACGGCCUCUCCUCCUCGCUGCUCAUCCUAUACCUGGACUCGGCAAGGAACCUCCCGAGUAACCCAUUAGAAUUUAACCCUGAUGUCUUGAAGAAGGCUGCAGUUCAGAAAGCGUUCAAGUCGGGGAAGAAAAUAAACAGCAACCCGAAUCCUCUUGUCCAGAUGUCCGUCGGGCACAAGGCUCAGGAGAGCAAGAUUCGGUACAAAACCAGUGAGCCGGUGUGGGAGGAAAACUUCACCUUCUUCAUCCACAACCCCAAGCGCCAGGACCUUGAAGUCGAGGUGAAGGAUGAGCAGCACCAGUGCUCGCUGGGCAGCCUGACCAUCCCGCUCAGCCAGCUGCUCGCCAGCGAGGACAUGACCAUGAGCCAGCGGUUCCAGCUGAGUAACUCGGGCCCCGGGAGCUCCCUGAAGAUGAAGAUCGCCCUCAGGGUGCUGCACCUGGACGCGCGGGCGCGGGCCGCGGACCGCCCGCACUCGGCGCAGGUGCGGCGGCCGGCCGCGCCCCAGGACGGGCGCCGGGUCUCCGUGCGCUCCCCGGCGCCCGCGUCGCCCGGCGGCCCCGCGGCCCCGUCCGCGCCCGGCGCGGGGGCCGGCGAGCCGCCCGGCGAGGAGGAGCCGGGCGCCGCCGCCGAGCCCGGCCCCCCGGGGCCGCGGGAGCCGGGCCGGAGCCCCGCCAGCCCGCCCGCCGGCGCCGCGCCCUCCCCCGGCCGCGCGUCGCCCAAGGAGCCCACGCCCAGCAUCGCCUCCGACGUCUCGCUGCCCCUCGCCUCGCAGGAGCUGCGGCAGCGGCUGCGCCAGCUGGAGAACGGGAUGACCCUGGGCCAGUCGCCACUGGGGCAGAUCCAGCUGACGGUGCGGCACAGCUCGCAGAGGAACAAGCUGGUGGUGGUGGUGCACGGCUGCAGGAACCUCAUCGCCUUCUCAGAAGACGGCUCCGACCCCUAUGUCCGCAUGUACCUGCUGCCCGACAAGAGGCGUUCGGGAAGGAGGAAAACUCACGUCUCCAAGAAAACCCUGAACCCUGUGUUUGACCAGAGCUUCGACUUCAGCGUCUCGCUGCCCGAGGUGCAGAGGAGGACGCUGGACGUGGCGGUGAAGAACAGCGGCGGCUUCCUGUCCAAAGACAAAGGGCUUCUCGGCAAAGUACUGGUUGGUUUGGCCUCUGAGGAUCUGGCCAAAGGCUGGACCCAAUGGUACGACCUGACGGAAGACGGCGCGCGGCCCCAUGCGGCGACGUAGCGGAGCCCGAGGAGCAGCUGCACCUGCUACUUUUAUACUCCCCUGUGUCCAGUUACACAGACCCAAGCUGUUUCAUAAAACAUGUUGACAUUUUAGUCAUAUUUGGCCACUCUUGUUAACUUUUAUAUGUUACAGUCGCCGCCUCGUGGUGGGACAGCUACACGCUGCUGCACAAGCCGGGUGUCGGGGCUGGCCCUGCGAGGCAGCAGAGACGCUGACUCCGCAGGCCUUGUUUCCAGCGGUGCAGUGUAAAUACAAUAUUUUUUAUAAUCGAUGCUGGUGGGAAAUCAGAAGAAAAUGAAUCUAGGAAAUAUAUAUUUAUUUUCUUCUAAAAUGUAAUAAAUUCUUGCCACAAAGUUACCAGUUUUGUCUUUGCAGGAA